GUCCGAUGUAGGCGCUCUCUUUGUUCCACUGAAAAGAGCAAAAGGACGACGAACACGAUGAGUAGUACGGCGGCACCGUGCUACGACCUCGAGGCCGCACGGACAUACCAGGAGCGCCCCGUCAUGGCUGAGCAGCUUGCUGAGCAGUUGAGACCGAUGUUGUCGGGCGGCGAUGUCUACUUGCGGAGACCGUCCCCACCAGAGGAGGGCGGUGGAGAGGGCGAUAAGACGGAUCCCUUCGAAGAGAGCACACGCCUCUUCAACUCGGCGGCACCACUGGGAGCAUGGAUCGUCGUUCGUCCCAAGAAUACUGCCGAUGUUGUGGCGACAAUCAAGUUCUGCCGCACACACGGCAUCUCGCCUUCUGUGCGGUCUGGUGGCUUCUCUACCGCUGGGUGGUCGAUCCAGGGCGAUCUGGUUCUUGACAUGCAGCUCAUGGACAGCAUCCAGAUGAUUGCACCUGGCCGCUGCGGUGCAACAGAGGAGACAUCGCCGGCCGUUGGCGUUAAAAUGUCUACGAGCUUGGAUGCUCCUGCGUCCAAGCCGGGAGAGCCUCUCCAGGGCUCUGCACUGCCACAGAAAGAUCACAGAGAGGCCGAUGCGAAGAGUCGAGCCUUUAAUGUGUCCGUGGUCGAGAACGGCACCAUCAAGGUUGAGACGAACUCGGCGGGCGUGAUUGACCGAGAAGCACACGGGCCUGAAUACAAUGCCGGUGCGAGGUCAACCGCGCGUGGAAUCACCAUGGACGGCUCCAACCGGAGAAGAAAGGCGGGCGAGGCUUUCCAGACGUCUCCAAGGAUGGGUCAAGAAGAAGCAUCGGGCUCGAGACGAAAAGUGCUUGAGCAGGACCGUGAUCCUGAGCAGGACCGUGAUGCCUUCCCUCGAACGAAGAGCGGAGACAGCGGUGCAGAGGCCGAUGCCGAAAGCAGUAGCGGAAGCAAGUCAUCUGGAAAGGACAAUGCAGAGGGAGGCACGCCAUCCUUCAGUGAUGGCGGCGAACGCACGGGCAGCGGUGAGAGCCGAUCGGGUGGCUCAAGAAGUCCAGAGAGGACGACGACGCCCUGGGUCGAUCGCUUUCUUGAUUCUGUGCCAGACGGAAGCAACAGCUCGAGUGGGAAUUCGAGGAGUGAAAGCAAUACCGGCGUGGCGAGCAUCGACGCCGAUUCGGAAGACCCGCCACGCAGGCCAGAGGUCAUGCCGAGCAGCCCCGAAGAAGCCAACCUUCAUCGACCCGAUGGCAUGCAAUUGUUCGAGCACGAACGAUGGCAGAGGCAUCAUCAACCGCCAGGAUCCAUUCCCUCGGGAUCACAAACAGUCCUUCCUGAACGAGGAGGCUUCAUCUGGACGGCGGGCGACAACAACGGAGCACCUGCCACGACUCGCUCGCUGGGUGAUGACCCCGUCUACAUGGGCGGAUCCACCUUUGGCGACCUGCAAGCCCAGCAGUACGAGUACCAGCAGAAUCGCACGGGCGUGUCGCCGUUUCUGUCCCAUGCUUCGCUCUACGAUGCACCUGCCAUUUCGUCGUCGGCUUCCGUGCCUUCGGCACCAACAAAGUCAUCGUUGCCGCCUGGCAUCCACAAAGAUCGCUACAUGCUCUGUUCAUUCGGGCCAGGCGUCGGAUGCAGAGGCAUUGACAGCUUCACCGACAAGGCGGGCCGUCUGAGUGGAAUGGAUGCCAGGGGGUCAGCAAGGGGCAAGGGCAAGGAGAAGGACUUGCGAGUGAACAGCAACGGCAUUGACAUUGUUGCUCAUGGCGUCCCUUACCAUGUGCCUCUCUCAGCCUAUCCGGUCGGCUCGACGGUCAUGACCACGGGCGGCUUCGGCUACUUGGUCCGCGCGUACGGGCUCUCGCUCGACAACGUCGUCGAAAUUGAGCUCGUCUUGGCUGAUGGCCGAGUGAUGACCCUGAAUGAGUCUUCAAAGGCCCGAACAAAGGAGGAGGCAGACCUGUGGUGGGCUGUCCGCGGUGCUGCACCUUGCUUCGGGGUCGUGACUCGCAUCGUCGCCAAAGCCUACCCCGUGCCGAGCGUAUACGCGGGUAAUCUCAUCUACCCCAUGAACCCCAUUACCGCACCCUCGCUCAUAAGGCACUGGCGUGACUGCCUCAAGGGCAGUGGCGACUCGGUGCCAAGAGAGCUCUACUCGAACCUCAUCCUAACCGCUGGGCCCGAUCAGUCAUCGGACGUGAUCGUGAUCCAGGUCUCCUACUUGGGCGACCGGGCCGAUGGCGAGGCCUUCGUCCAAGCGCUUAGCUCCUGGACGGGAGAGCGGGUGCUGCUCAAGGACAUUGAGGAGCGCUCCUUUUUGUCGCAGCAGGACGGCGUUGCCCAGGUGCUCAAGAAUGGCCAAGGACGACGGUGGAUGGUGCGGGGCGAUCUCGUAUCUACCCUGACCGACGAGGUCAUUGCCGACACGGUGGAGCGCUUCAGCGGAAUGGGCAACUUGGCCGUGUGGCUCUUUGAGCUCGUGGGUGGAGCGGUAGAGGAUGUUGAGGAGCACGAGACGUGCGUGGGCCCCCGUCAGCGGGCUGCCAAAUUCACUGUCGGCGCCUUGCAUCAGUGGUCGGGCAAGGAGGAAGACGAGCAGUGUGCGAACAGUGUCGACGGCUGGGUAAAGGACGUCCUCUCCAAGGUCAGCAUCGGCGGGCCUUAUGCAUGCUUCCUCGAGCGAAAAGAGUCGAGGGAAAGGGUCGAGGGAUCGUUUGGCAAGGACAACUUUGAAAGACUCUUGCAGCUCAAGAGAGACGUCGACCCUGAAGGAUUCUUCAGGCACACGUUUGGAGCAGGUCUGACAAACUUUGUCUGACAAGGCAGAAGCGAUUCAUUCUCCUCAUUCCCUUCCUCUUAUACAUCAAGCCCAUGUACCAUUGGUUUUGUUUCAUUUGUUCUCUCGCCAGCGAAUAUACUAUCACUUUACACAGCUGAUCAAUCAGGCCG